CCAAUACCUGUCAUCAUGUCCAAAUUCAUUAAACCCAAAUUGAAGAAAAUGGACACCGGUGGGGUCAAGGUGCUGGAGACAGCCGACGACAUCCAGGAGCGCCGGCAACAGGUUCUGGACCGGUACCAGCGCUUCAGGGAGCUGUCGGUGGUUCGCCGCCAGAAGCUGGAGGACUCCUACCACUUCCAGUGCUUCCGGCGCGAUGCCGACGAGCUGGAGAAGUGGAUCCAGGAGAAGCUGCAGGUCGCCUCCGAUGAGAACUACAAGGACCCUACCAACCUGCAGGGGAAACUACAGAAGCACCAGGCCUUCGAGGCAGAGGUGCAGGCCAACUCGGGUGCCAUUGUCAGGCUGGAUGAGAUGGGCAACCAGAUGAUUGCCGAGGGCCACUUUGCCUCUGAGACCAUCCGCACCCGCCUGGAGGAGCUGCACCGGCUGUGGGAGCUGCUGCUUCUGAAGACCCGGGAGAAGGGCGAGCGACUGAUGCAGGCGCAGAAGCUGCUGCAGUACCUGCGCGACUGCGACGAGACGCUGAGCUGGAUCAGCGACAAAGAGGCCAUUGUGACGUCUGAGGAACUGGGUCAGGACCUGGAGCAUGUGGAGGUGCUGCAGAAGAAGUUUGAGGAGUUCCAGGCGGACCUGGCGGCCCAUGAGGAGCGGGUGAACGAGGUGAACGGGCUGGCGGCGAAGCUGGAGCAGGAGAGCCACCCGGAGAUGGAGCUGAUCGCGCGGAAGAGGGAGGAGGUCAACGUGGCCUGGCAGCGCCUCAAGGGCCUGGCCCAGCAGCGCCAGGGGAAGCUGUUCGGGGCGUCCGAGGUACAGAGGUUCAACAGGAGACCGCCACGCACUCCCAGACAGGGUACUGAUUCUUGCUCUGCACUGUGCCCCUCCCAGGUGAACACCCUAGGCGUCGAGGCGGAGCGUCUCCAGGAAUCCCACCCCCAGAACGCCACCCAGAUCCACCUGAAGAGGGACGAGCUCAUCACCAACUGGGAGCAGAUUCGCACCCUGGCAGCAGAACGGCACGCUCGCCUCAACGACUCUUACAGGCUGCAGCGCUUCUUGGCGGACUUCCGUGACCUGACUAGCUGGGUGACUGAGAUGAAGGCUCUGAUCAACGCCGACGAGCUGGCCAACGACGUCGCUGGUGCCGAAGCUCUUCUGGACCGCCACCAGGAGCACAAGGGUGAGAUCGAUGCCCAUGAGGACAGCUUCAAAGGCACGGACGAGGCCGGCCAGGCCCUGGUGAACACAGGACACUAUGCAUCUGAGGAUGUCAGGGAAAAGCUGGCUAUCCUGUGUGAGGAGCGGGAGGCCCUGCUGGAGCUGUGGGAGCUGCGCAGGCAGCAGUACGAGCAGUGCAUGGACCUGCAGCUCUUCUACAGGGACACCGAGCAGGUGGACAACUGGAUGAGCAAGCAGGAGGCCUUCCUUCUGAAUGAGGACCUGGGUGACUCGCUGGACAGCGUGGAGGCUCUGCUGAAGAAGCACGAGGACUUUGAGAAAUCACUCAGCGCCCAGGAGGAGAAGAUCACGGCCCUGGACGAAUUCGCCACCAAGCUGAUCCAGAACAAUCACUACUCCAAGAGCGACGUGGCUGCACGCAGAGACGCGCUGCUGAGCCGACGCAACGCCCUGCACGAGCGCGCUCGGUCGCGGCGCACUGCCCUGGAGGAUGCCUUCUACCUGCAUCAGUUCUUCCGGGACUCAGAUGAGCUAAAGAGCUGGAUCAAUGAAAAGAUGAAGACCGCCACCGACGAGGCCUAUAAGGACCCCUCCAACUUGCAGGGGAAGGUGCAGAAACACCAAGCCUUCGAGGCCGAGCUGUCGGCCAAUCAGAGCCGCGUGGACGCCCUGCAGACAUCCGGCCGGCAGCUGAUCGACAGGCAGCACUACGCCUCUGGCGAGGUGUCCGUCCGCAUGGAGGAGGUCGGCACCAUGUGGAAGCAGCUGCUGGAGGCUGCCGAGCUGAAAGGCAUCAAGCUCCGCGAGGCCAACCAGCAGCAGCAGUUCAACCGCAACGUGGAGGACGUGGAGCUCUGGCUGUAUGAGGUCGAGGGCCACCUAGUCUCCGACGACUACGGCAAGGACUUGACUGGAGUGCAAAACCUGCAGAAGAGACAUGCGCUGCUGGAGGCUGACGUGGCCGCCCACCAGGACCGCAUUGAUGGCAUCACUAUCCAGGCCCGGCAGUUCCAAGAGGCGGGUCACUUUGAUGCGGACAGCAUCCGCGAGAAGCAGGGGGCGCUGGUGGGCCGAUACGAGGCGCUGAAGGAGCCCAUGACGAUACGCAAGGAGAAGCUGGCCGACUCACUGUGUCUGCAGCAGCUCUUCCGUGACAUAGAGGAUGAGGAGACCUGGAUCCGAGAGAAGGAACCAAUUGCUUCCUCCACCAACAGGGGUAAGGAUCUCAUUGGGGUCCAGAACCUGCUGAAGAAGCACAAAGCUUUGCAGGCUGAGAUAACUGGACAUGAGCCCCGGAUCAAGGCCGUCAUACAGAAGGGCCAGGCUGCGGUGGAAAAUGGGCACUUUGCCAAGGAUGAGGUCCUCGCACGGCUGGAAGAGCUGGGCAGGCGCUGGGAGGGACUGAAGAGCAAGGCCACCCAGCGGUGCCAGGACCUGGAGGACUCGCUGCAGGCUCAGCAGUACUUCGCCGACGCCAACGAGGCCGAGUCCUGGAUGCGGGAGAAGGAGCCCAUCGUGGGGAGCAACGACUAUGGCAAGGAUGAAGACUCUGCUGAGGCCCUCCUGAAAAAGCAUGAAGCGCUGAUGUCAGACCUGAGCGCCUACAGGAGCACCAUUGAGGCCCUCAGGGAGCAGGCCGAGGCGUGCAGGCAACAAGUGGCCCCCACAGAUGAUGAGACCGGGAAGGAGCUGGUGCUGGCCCUGUACGAUUACCAGGAGAAAAGCCCCCGUGAGGUCACCAUGAAGAAGGGCGACAUCCUCACCCUGCUGAACAGCUCCAACAAGGACUGGUGGAAGGUGGAGGUGAAUGACCGUCAGGGCUUCGUGCCGGCGGCUUACGUGAAGAAGCUGGACCCUACCCAGUCCUCAUCCCAGGAGAACCUCCUGGAGGAGCAAGGCAGCAUUGGCCUGCGGCAGGAGCAGAUUGAGAACCAGUACGGUGCUAUACUGGAACUGGGGGAGAAUCGCAAGGACAAGCUGAUGAAAAGCUGCAAGAAGUUCAUGGUGUACCGCGAGGCCAGCGAGCUGCUGCAGUGGAUCGGGGAUAAGGAGGGUUCCCUCACCGGCCAGGAGGAGGCCUCUGACCUGGAGCAGGUGGAGGUGCUGCAGAAGAAGAUCGACGACUUCCAGAAGGACCUGAAGGCAAAUGAGUCCCGCCUGAAGGAAAUUAACAACGUGGCUUCAGAGCUGGAGGCUGAGGGCCUGAUGGUGGAGGAACCACAACUCUUGCAGGCCCAGCAACAAGAGUUACUGGGCUCUACCCCAGGAGCUGGAAAUGAUGAGACAGACAGAAAGAGUGCUUCCCCUUGGAAGUCUGUACGGUUGGCUGUGCAGACAGUGGCAAACUUUAAUGAUUUCAAGGAGAUGAAUGACCGCUGGAGAUCCCUUCAGCAGCUGGUGGAGGACAGGGCCAACCUGCUGGGCAGUGCCCAUGAGGUGCAGAGGUUCCACAGGGAUGCUGAUGAGACCAAGGAGUGGAUCGAGGAGAAGGACCAAGCUCUGAACACGGACAAUUAUGGGCACGACCUGGCCAGCGUGCAGGCACUGCAGCGAAAACAUGAGGGCUUUGAGAGAGACUUAGCAGCCCUAGGAGACAAGGUGAACUCCCUGGAGGAAACAGCGGAGCGACUCAUCCAGGUGCACCCGGAGUCUAUGGACGACAUCCAUGAGAAGUGUGCCGAACUGAACAUGGCCUGGAGCAGCCUGGUGGACCGGGCCGACCGGCGCAAGGAGAAGCUGGGCAGCUCCCACGACCUGCAGCGUUUCCUGAGCGACUUCAGGGAUCUCCAGUCCUGGGUCAACGGCAUCCAUGGGCUGGUGUCCUCAGAGGAGCUGGCGAAGGAUGUAACUGGAGCCGAGGCCCUGCUGGAGAGGCAUCAGGAGCACCGCACGGAAAUCGACGCCCGUGCCGGGACUUUCCAGGCCUUCGAGCAGUUCGGGAAGCAGCUGCUGGAACAUGGCCACUACGCCAGCCCCGAGAUUCAGGAGAAGAUGGCGACGCUGGAGCGCGAGCGGGCCGACCUGGAGAAGGCCUGGGUGCAGAGGCGCAUGAUGCUCGACCAGUGCCUGGAGCUGCAGCUCUUCAACCGUGACUGCGAGCAGGCAGAGACGUGGAUGGCAGCCCGGGAAGCUUUCCUGGCCGGUGACGACAAAGGCGACUCCCUGGACAGCGUGGAGGCGCUCAUCAAGAAGCAUGAGGACUUUGACAAGGCCAUCAACGUGCAGGAGGAAAAGAUCGCCGCCCUGCAGUCCUUUGCGGAGCAGCUCGUCGUGGCUGACCACUACGCCAAGCCGGAGAUCUCCAAGCGUCGUGACAGCGUCCUGGACCGGUGGCUCCGUCUGAAGGCCCAGAUGAUCGAGAAGCGCUCCAAGCUGGGCGAGUCACAGACCCUGCAGCAGUUCAGCCGCGAUGUGGACGAGAUCGAGGCCUGGAUCAGCGAGAAGCUGCAGACCGCCAUGGAUGAGUCCUACAAGGACCCCACCAACAUCCAGCUGUCGAAACUGCUGAGCAAACACCAGAAGCACCAGGCCUUCGAGGCGGAGCUGCACGCCAACGCCGACCGCAUCCGCGGUGUGAUUGACAUGGGCAACUCGCUCAUCAACCGGGGUGCCUGUGCCGGGAGCGAGGACGCCGUCAAGACCCGUCUCAACACCCUGGAUGACCAGUGGAAGUUCCUGGUGAGCAAAUCGUCAGAGAAGAGCCAGAAACUGAAGGAGGCCAAUAAGCAGCAGAACUUCAAUACGGGCAUCAAGGACUUCGACUUCUGGCUGUCUGAGGUUGAUGCUCUACUUGCCUCUGAGGAUUAUGGGAAAGACCUGGCCUCUGUGAACAACCUACUGAAGAAGCACCAGCUUCUGGAAGCUGACAUCUCUGCCCAUGAGGACCGUCUGAAGGACCUGAACAGCCAGGCUGACAGCCUGAUGUCCAGCCAGGCCUUCGACACCUCGCAGGUCCGGGACAAGCGAGAUGCUGUGAAUGGCCGCUUCGCCAAGAUCAAGAGCAUGGCGGCCGGACGCCGCGCCAAGCUCAACGAGUCGCACCGCCUGCACCAGUUCUUCAGGGACCUGGAUGAUGAAGAGUCUUGGAUUAAAGAGAAGAAGCUACUAGUGAGUUCGGAGGGUUACGGACGUGACUUGACAGGAGUGCAGAAUUUGAGAAAGAAGCACAAGAGGCUGGAGGCUGAGCUGGUAGCACACGACCCAGCAAUACAGUCUGUGCUGGAGGCCGGGAAGAAGCUUUCUGAGGAUGACACCAUGGGGCUGGAGGAGAUCCAGCAGAGGCUGGCCCAGUUUGUGGAGCACUGGAUGGAACUGAAGGAGCUGACAGCAGCACGAGGGCAGAGGCUGGAGGAGUCGCUGGAAUACCAGCAGUUUGUGGCGAACGUGGAGGAAGAGGAGGCCUGGAUUAAUGAGAAACUGAAUUUAGUGGCGAGUGAGGACUAUGGAGACACGCUGGCGGCAGUGCAGGGAUUACUGAAGAAGCACGAGGCGUUUGAGACGGACUUCACAGUACACAGGGACCGGGUGAAUGAUGUGUGUUUGAACGGCGAAGAGCUCAUUAAGAAGAACAAUCACCAUGCUGAAAACAUCAGCACAAAAGUGAACGCGCUGCAGGGGAAGGUGUCUGAGCUGGAAAGAGCAGCCGCACAGAGGAAGGCCAAGCUGGACGAGAACUCUGCUUUCCUGCAGUUCAACUGGAAGGCCGAUGUAGUGGAAUCCUGGAUCGGUGAGAAAGAGAAGAGCCUGAAGACAGACGAUUAUGGCCGUGAUCUCUCCUCUGUGCAGACACUCCUCACUAAGCAGGAGACGUUUGAUGCCGGCCUGCAGGCCUUCCAGCAGGAGGGCAUCUCCAACAUCACCAUGCUGAAGGACCAGCUGCUGGCGGCCGAGCACGUGCAGUCUCGCGCCAUCGAGGCUCGUCACGCCGCACUCAUGAAGCGCUGGAACCAGCUGCUGGCCGACUCUGCCGACCGCAAUAAGAGACUGAUGGAUGCCCAGGAGCACUUCCGAAGGGUUGAAGACCUCUUCCUGACCUUCGCCAAGAAGGCAUCAGCCUUUAACAGCUGGUUUGAAAAUGCCGAGGAGGACCUGACUGACCCGGUGCGCUGCAACUCCCUGGAAGAAAUCCGGGCUCUACGCGACGCCCACGAGGCCUUCCGAUCCUCGCUCAGCUCCGCCGAGGCCGACUUCAGCCAGCUGGCUGAACUGGACAGACAGAUCAAGAGCUACCAGGUGGUGUCCAACCCCUACACCUGGUUUACCAUGGAAGCUCUGGAGGACACCUGGAGGAACCUGCAGAAGAUAAUCAAGGAGCGGGAGUUGGAGCUGCAGAAAGAGCAGCGACGGCAGGAGGAAAACGACAAACUGCGACAGGAGUUCGCGCAGCACGCCAAUGCCUUCCACCAGUGGCUGCAGGAGACGCGGACAUAUCUUCUGGACGGGUCUUGCAUGGUGGAAGAAUCGGGAACACUUGAAUCUCAGUUGGAGGCCACUAAGCGCAAGCACCAGGAGAUCCGAGCCAUGCGCAGCCAGCUGAAGAAGAUCGAGGACCUUGGGGCAGCCAUGGAGGAGGCCCUGAUCCUGGACAACAAGUACACAGAGCACAGCACGGUGGGGCUGGCGCAGCAGUGGGACCAGCUGGACCAGCUGGGCAUGAGGAUGCAACACAACUUGGAGCAGCAGAUCCAGGCCAGGAACACCACAGGUGUGACGGAGGAAGCCCUGAAGGAGUUCAGCAUGAUGUUCAAGCAUUUCGACAAGGACAAGUUUGGCCGUCUGAACCACCAGGAGUUCAAGUCCUGCCUGCGUUCGCUGGGCUACGACCUGCCCAUGGUGGAGGAGGGGGAGGUUGACCAUGAGUUUGAGUCCAUACUAAAUGUGGUGGACCCCAACAGGGACGGCUACGUCUCUCUGCAGGAGUACAUGGCCUUCAUGAUCAGCCGUGAGACUGAGAAUGUGAAGUCCAGCGAGGAGAUUGAGAGCGCGUUCCGGGCCCUAAGUACCGAGAACAAGCCUUACGUCACCAAGGAGGAGCUCUACCAGAACCUGACCAAGGAGCAGGCAGACUAUUGCGUGUCCCACAUGAAGCCCUACAUGGACAGCAAGGGCCGCGAGCUGCCCUCGGCCUACGACUUCGUGGAGUUCACGCGCUCUCUCUUUGUCAACUGACCCUACGCCGCCACCGGCCAGUGACCAAUCAGGAGCCAUUUUUCCUUAGCCAAGCUGCAUGACCAGGCUCUUUAUAGGUCCAUGUCUCUGCCUGCCUUCUGAUAGCAUUCGAGUUGUUUCCUAUGCUUUGGCUCUCUUAGCUGUUGAGGUGUGGUGAUUUGCCUUAUUACUAAUGCAGUGUGCUUCAAUAAACGCUACUGAUUCUAACUGGAAA